UGAUCAGAGCCGGUGCCUUGUUGGCAAUCUGAUCCAGCACAGGCGAGUUUGGUGGAUAAAAAUUCUGGAGCUGCUUCUCCUGAACGCAGGAAUUCAAAAGCUGCUUGUAAGCAGCAAUCUCAGCGGGGGUCCCCUGGUUAAUUGGGGAUGCCCCAUAUUGCUGAGGAGAAGCGCCGCCAUACUGUUGCUGCGGAGGAUAUUGGCCGGGCGGCGGUUGUCCCGGACGACCGUGCUACAGUCAUAUGUCAGUAUUUGCCAUACCACGUACAAAGCAAACAAUGUCUCGAAGAUAUUUCUCGAUCCAUAUCAACGAGUACGAAGAACCACAGCACGGGGUAUUUGGAAACGAACAUGUUGGCCGUAUUGCGGCUGCUGGCCGUAACCGGGUUGGAGGCUUUGAGGAGGCUGCUGCUGGCCGUAUUGCUGCUGUCCAUAACCAGGCUGCCCUUGGGAAGGAUAGCUCUGUUGACCGUAAGGUUGUUGCUGUUGGUAUGGGGGUUGAUUCUGCAAUGGAUACGGAGACUGCGGCUGUUGGCCAGGUGGAGGAGGUGGGGGUCUGUUGUAUGCAGACUGUUGAGGAGGAUAAGGGGAGGAUCCGUAAGUGCCUUGACUCGGUGCCUGGGGAUAGGGUGGUUGUGAUCCCGGAGCUCCGUAGGGCGAGGCAGUCAUGGGAUUCGGGGGAGGGGCAGAAGUCUGUGGGUACGCGUUAGGCGCGUAACUCGGCUGCUGGUAGCCACCGUAAUGGGCCAUGGUGAUGUGCUAAGGCAGUGUUGCCUUCGAGGUGUAUGUGUGUGGAUCCGCGGCCAGCGGCGAAAUCAGGUAUCAAACGAGUUCCGGAAGAGGCGCAACCGCAAGGACGCA